GGUGCCCACAAGACAUGCUGGGUUACGACAAGACACACGCACGCACGUCUACCGCUUGUGGAUGCUAGCCCUGCAGCCAUUGGUAGAGGGUGAGACGUGGUGAUGAUGGGACGCGUAAAGACGAGACGAGACAGAGCGGAUGUGUGCUUUUGGCUAGUUAGCUAGCGUGUCUUUUGCCUCGGCUAGCUCGCGUUAGCAUCAGCAAAAGGCUGAAGGACGUUGUACUGGGAAGAAGUACUCCAUUAUCACAGACAAACAUUUCCUGGAAAGUGGACACAAAUAAUCCAAUAGGCUCAGCUUCAACCCAGUGGGCGGGGCUAAAUGGCAACGUUAGGUAACCACGACAACAACCGUAAAAAACAAGUUGGUUCUUUAGAGUCCAGUGAAGUAGAAAAAUAAAAUACAAUUUGGUGAAGUUGUCACCAAAGUUUGAGUUUCCAUGCUGGUGAAGGCGUAGCCUUAAAAAGCCUAGCCUGUGUCACGUGACCUCUAGACAUUCCCUGACUCGGACUGGAGGUUUUUACAGACCCGCUGUGAUAAGAUAAAGGAAGAUCAACAGUUUAAGGUGAAACAUAAACACUAAACUACGUCAAAAGGAAACCCUGAAAAGUCUACGAAAGUGGCCCUACAUCCUUCAACGCUGAUCCUUCGCCACCCGCCCCUUAGCAUAGCAACACAGCAUGCUAACAGCCCACCAGCGCUGGCAUGAUAUCGCACGUGUAAUCUAUCUUUAUCUGGCUGGCCCGUAUCACGCCGUUUACGAGUGAGGCUGCUCGCCGGCCGUGACGACGAGUUACGGAGAGCAGCGUCAAGUUGGCCGAUUGCACAGGAAGCUUACAUAAACGCUCUCAUUUCACUGAUCAACUUACUGAGCUUACGUAACCGUGGCAACGUGACAGACACCACCCCAUUAUGCGCUUAUUUAUUUCAAUCCAACUUGCUUUGUACAACAAACUACUAGAAAUUAUUCUUAUUUAUUGUUGCUCUCUAUUUAUACUUCAGACUUCAGUAUAAAUAGGGGUAGGAAGGUAGGAAGGUAGGAAGAAAGGAAGGUAGGUAGGAGUGAAUAAGCUGUGCCUCUUCCUACUUUUUUUGGACAUGUGGAAUUGCCAAUUGUAAUAUGUGAUCAUUUGUGAUGUAUACCAUGGUAAAACAUAUGAAUGUCCAAAUCAAAUUGAACCAUUUAUAACAUAUAUAUAUAUAUAUAUAAGUUAUGUAAAAACAAGUUUCCAGGUUUGCCUUGAUUUGUUAUGUUUUUAUUCCAGAUGUUUAAAAACCGCCUGCAUUGCUGUAUUAUUCUAGAUUGCUAAUUCAUAUUAUAUGUUUAACGAACGGCAACAAGUCCACAAUAGACCACGCCCCCCUAGACCCGAUUGGCCAAGCAGUAGACCCCCCUCUCAGCUGCUUGGCUCAACCUGCCGUCACUCACCGAGUGGAGCGUUCAUUUCACCGGGGCGGCCUUGUUGCUCUCGUCGGGCCGCUCCUUCCUGAGCGUCCUCCUCAUGAUGGAUCUUUCUACCUCAGACGUUUAGGAGCCAUUGAACCUGAUGAGGAUGCCAUGGAGAAAAAGACUCAAGCGCUCCUCGCCGUGCCGCCGCAGACAUCAAGACGCCGGCAUGAAGAACGCGCUCAGCUUGCAGAGGUUCAUGAACCGGCGUCCCUCCGCCAACUGUCGCUACCAGCCUACCUGCUACGAGCACGCCGCCAACUGCUACACGCACGCAUUCCUGAUCGCACCCGCCUUGGUGGGCAUGGCGCUGCUGCACCGCCUGUCGGACACCCAGUGGCAGCGCAUGACGGCCUGGGUGUACGGCCUGGGCCUGUGCGCCCUCUUCCUGGUCUCCACCAUCUUCCACGUCAUCACCUGGAAGAAGAGUCACAUGAGGGAGGUGGAGCACUGCUUCCACAUGUGCGACAGGGUGGUCAUCUACGUCUUCAUCGCCGCCUCCUACACGCCCUGGCUGAACCUGCGGGAACUGGGACCCCUCGCCACUCACAUGCGCUGGUUUGUGUGGCUGAUGGCGGCCGCCGGGACCAUCUACGUCUUCAACUACCAUGAAAAAUACAAAGUGGUGGAGCUGGCCUUCUACUUGACCAUGGGCUUCUUCCCAGCAUCGGUGGUGACGUCCAUGAACAACACGGAGGGCCUUCACGAGCUGGCGUGCGGCGGCCUCAUCUACUGCCUGGGCGUGGUCUUCUUCAAGAGUGACGGCGUCAUCCCCUUCGCCCACGCCAUCUGGCACGUGUUUGUGGCAACGGCGGCCGCCGUGCACUACUACGCCAUCUGGAAGUACCUCUUCAAGCCCGCCGCCGAUGCCCUCCCGCUCAAAUAAACGUUUACGACCGCAUUGUUUACCCUUUCCUACACGGACCACUCGUUUUAAAGACGCUUUUACACUUUGGACCAAACGUUUUUAUCACUUGAUGUUAUUCCACUGCCGGGUAGGACCUAAGAUGCUACCAGGUGGGAUUUAAACCUCCUCCUGUCACGUUGAGGACAAGGAAGAAAGUAAAACUCUGUUAGCGUGUUUGGCUAAACUCAAGAUGGACGCCUGUGGAGGCGGAGCCUCGCCCUUGAUCAACAGUUUUUUUGUGUUUGGCGGCCCCUGCUGGUCUUUUACUGCAUUUUAGGUUGUGUGACGUGAAAGCGGUGCUGAGAAGUUUCUCACAAUGACCUCAUGUUUGUCCUCGUGUGCGCAUGCGCGUGUUCUUGCAGUGAUUUUGUAAACGUUGGCCUUCCCGCCGUCAUCUUUGUGGUGCUACUCGCUCCUCUCAUUGCAACAAUAAAACCAGAGAAAAGUA